UCUUCCGAUGAGGCACCCGAUGAAGAGCCUUUCCAACGCGUAACCGAAACCAUAGUGCAGGCAGAUCCUCCCAAGCCGCAACCUAAGGAGUGUGUAGCCAAAAUAGCUCCCAAACGAGCUGCACCAAAGCGUGUCUAUGGCUUGAACUUCAAGAAAGCUCGCAAGACAACGCCACAGAAUACCUUGUUGUCCAAACUCUUGGAAACUGACAUACGGCAUGAAAGGAGUCUAUUGCAGUGCGUACGUUUUGUUUGUGAAAGGAAUUUCUUUGGCAUUGGGCAAAGUAGAGAACCUGCUAAAAGCUCUGAUGCUGCACCUAAUAAUGGAGAAGCAACUGAGCUAGCUUCCACUUGUGAUAAACCAGAGGUAAAACCUCAGAUUUGUGACCAUUUUUAGUUGAAAUAGUUUUAAGCCAUUACAAGUACACAUUUAAGUUGCAAAUUGA